AGAAGAUCUCAUCUAAGCCGUCAAUUUCACCCCAUCUCCUUAAUCCAACGGCCCAUAUCACUCUACCCCCGUGCUUAUCACUCCCCUACUCUUCUCUUACAAACCCUCACUCAAUCCAUCUUUCCACACUGAAAAUGCCCACAAUUACACUAUUUUCUCAUCUUAAACACCCCAAUCCCCAAAUAACCCCACUAAUUUACUGACAGAGUUAAAUUGGAGACAAAAAGAAGCAAUUUUUUUGUUAAAUUCAACAACCCAACAUGUUCAUUCUACUAGAUUAUUACAAGAUGAAGUGGAAUUGAACAUCACAACCUGUAAAGCUUCAAGCUUGCAUUGUUUAAGGUGAAAAAGUUUUGAUUUUUAUUCCAAUUUGGUAGAAAGGGUAGGAUGAUGACUGAUAGCUAUUCAAAGAUGAUGUCGGAAAUCGGAAUGCGAUCAAGCAACGAGGAGUUAGGGUUGCUGAAGCGGAUGAGUAGCAGUGAUCGUGAGACGGAGAUUAACAUGUACCGAAGUGGGUCUGCACCACCCACCGUUGAAGGAUCGUUGAAUGCUGUUUCAGGCUUGUUUGACGGUGGCAUUUCCGAACAAGAGUUGAGGUCUGAUCCAGCUUAUGCUGACUAUUAUCAUGCUAAUGUUAAUCUCAACCCUAGGUUACCCCCACCGCUUUUAAACAAGGAUGAUUGGCGGUUUUCCCAGCAGCGGUUGCACGGUGGGGGUGGGGGCUCUGCUAUUGGGGAUAUGAGGAAGAUGAAGAAAGAUAAUGGGAAUGCCGGAAAUGCGCAGGGUAUGGCGGAGUGGGGCGGCAACGGGCUUAUCGGGUUGCCGGGUUUGGGUUUAGGGAGUAGGCAAAAGAGCAUUGCUGAGAUCAUUCAGGAUGAUAUGAGUCAGGCUGCUUCUGGUUCUAGGCAACCGUCUCGUCCAGCUAGCCGUAACGCAUUUGAUGAAAAUGCCGAUAUUUCCGAUUCCCAUUUUGGGCAUCUUCAGGGGAUGGGAUCUGGGUCACACGCCUAUGCGUCGGCUCUGGGUUCAUCUUUGUCGAGAAGCAACACUCCUGACCCUCAGCUCAUGGCUCGAUCGGCUAGCCCAUUGUUGCCUGCGGUUGGGGGAGGUAGGAUAAACGGGCCUGCAGAUUUGGUGAACGGUUUCUCCGGUUUGAGUCUUUCGACUAAUGGUAUGGCGGAUGAAGAGACGCAGUUACCGGCUCGAGUUCAAAACACUGCGCAAUUGGGUAAAGGAUCGUAUCACCAUAUGGGCAAAGGUGGCGGGCCUAGCAAUGGUCACGGGUCACCUGUGAAUUCAUACAUGAAAGGGCCCACGGGCACCAAUGGUUCAGGAAACUCUCCUUCUCGAUAUCAGAAUCUUGAUAGUCCAAGUUCGUCCUUUUACGGUUUAGGUGGCGGUAAUGGUUAUACGAUGAAUCCCGCAUCACCAACCAUGAUGGCAAACCAUGUUGGUGGUGUAAAUUUGCCGCCUUUAUAUGACAAUGCCGCUGUAGCAGCGGCAAUGGGCUGUGAGUUUGGUUUAGGAGCUAAUAGACUUAUGGAUCCGUUGUAUCUUCAAAACUUAAGAUCAAGUGAAUAUAUAUCGGCGUUGAAUGAUGCAACGAUCGAUCGGGAAUUACUAGCAAUUCAGAAAGCUUACCUGGCGGGUCUAUUAUCUCCUCAAAAGUCUCAGUAUGGUCUUAACCAUGGUUACUAUGGAAGCCCUGGUUAUGGGCUUGGGAUGUCCUAUCCCGGAAGCCCAUUGGGCAGCCCACUUUUGCCCAACUCUGCUUUUGGGCCUGGUAGUCCUGCCCGACAUGGUGACCGGAGCUUGAGGUUUCCUUCCGGGAUACGUAAUAUAGUCGGUGAAAGUUUUGCAUCUUCUUUGCUAGAUGAGUUCAAGAGCAAUAAGACCAAAUGUUUUGAGCUUUCGGAAAUUGCGGGGCAUGUUGUUGAAUUCAGUGCGGAUCAAUUUGGAAGUCGGUUUAUUCAACAAAAGCUUGAAACCGCUACAACAGAAGAGAAAGAUAUGGUGUUUAAUGAAAUUAUGCCUCAAGCUUACUCACUAAUGACUGACGUAUUCGGCAAUUAUGUCGUCCAGAAGUUUUUCGAACACGGAAGUGCUACUCAAGUAAGAGAACUGGCUGAUCAGCUCACUGGGCAUGUUCUAACACUUAGUCUUCAGAUGUAUGGUUGUCGGGUUAUCCAAAAGGCUAUCGAGGUUGUUGAUCUUGCCCAACAAACAAAGAUGGUUACGGAGCUUGAUGGUCACGUAAUGCGUUGUGUACGUGAUCAAAACGGCAACCAUGUUAUUCAAAAGUGUAUUGAAUGUGUACCGGAAAAUGCUAUCCAUUUUAUCAUCUCUACUUUUUAUGAUCAAGUUGUAACAUUGUCAACUCAUCCGUAUGGUUGUCGUGUCAUACAGAGAGUCUUGGAACAUUGUCAUGACCCUAAAACACAAAGCUUAGUGAUGGAUGAAAUCUUGAAAUCUAUUAACAUGCUGGCGCAAGAUCAAUACGGAAAUUACGUCGUCCAGCAUGUACUGGAACAUGGAAAGCCGCAUGAACGUAAAUGUAUUAUAGAUCAACUAACCGGGCAGAUAGUUCAGAUGAGUCAACAGAAAUUUGCCUCAAAUGUUGUUGAGAAAUGUUUGACUUUUGGUACACCUGAACAACGCCAGACCCUUGUCACCGAAAUGCUCGGCACCACUGAUGAAAAUGAACCGCUUCAGGUGAUGAUGAAGGAUCAGUUUGCUAAUUAUGUUGUGCAGAAAGUUCUAGAAACAUGCGACGACCAACAACUCGAGAUGAUUCUUAAUCGUAUCAAGGUUCAUUUAAACGCCCUCAAGAAAUAUACUUAUGGAAAACACAUAGUUGCCCGUGUUGAGAAACUUGUUGCUGCUGGAGAAAGGAGGAUUGGGGCUAUGGCGGCCAGCGCGACUAGUGCUUAAUGUAAGGUGAUGGGAGAGUUGUACAGCUAACUGAGAGUGGAGUAUGAUGGUUUGUUUUUAACAUCCAGCUGAGAGAGAGAUGAUGUUUUGCAAAUAAAAAAGGGGUUGUAGCUAUGAAACAUGUACAUUGUUAGUUUUAAGGAAGGAUAUAUGUAUACCUAGGACUCGAGUCUUUAGCCAAGGCUCGGAGGGUGAAACACACCCGAGGCCGCCCCGUUGCUGAGGUUACAACAUAAGUUUGUGUUUGUGUAUGUGGUGAUUGUUGAGGCUGUACAAACUGUAUGGGUUUUUAUCAUCAAUGUUUAUGUUUUUCUUGCAUAUCA